AUGUAAAGUGCUGUUGUAUAUAUAACUUUACCUGGAGAAACCAUUUCACUCAAAAGUAUGAUAAGUGGAAAUACAAUAAAAACAAAUAAACAAGAUAUUAAUAUAACUAAAUAACUAGAAAUAGAAACCUUACAUGUAGGAUGGUUUUGGGUUGAUUAAUAAAAAAUCGCAAUUUGUCAUAAUCCUAUAUACUAUUAGCCUGAAAUUAAUGACUAUGUAAUUGUUUAAGUCACUGUAAGAAUAGUGAAUAUUAUUUUUGUGAACUUAGUAAUGGUCUUGUUUAUAAUCUAAAUUAAAUGGAUUUUGAAGGAGCAACAAAAAAGAAUAAACCAAAUAUUUAAGUUGGAUAAUUUUUAUUUUCAAGAGUCGUUGAAUUUAAUCACUAUUUAAAAGGCAAAUUAUCAUAUAUAAAUCCUUAAAGUAAAAAAGAAUGGGUAAAAGUAUAAAAUUAUAAAGACUACAGGAGAAAAUCUAUUUCGAGAAUUGUCAGGGGGUGUUAUUGUGGAAUUACCUUUCAACUUUGUAUAAAGUCUUUUAAGUUCUUAAACUAAGCCUGAAUUAUUUAAAGAAAUAAGUAAAUAUACUAGUUUUGAAGUUUGUGUUGGUAAGAAUGGUAGAAUCUGGAUUAAAGGGGCUGAUGCUGUUUUGA